GCUUCGUCGCCGUGAUUUCAAAAGCACUGAUGGAUUGAUGCUUUGUCCUUCGUAACUUACAAACAAUUCACRUAUUCAAACACUUGGAACAGAGGAGGCGCAGCGCAUUGCAGUAUCUGACGCCGACAUGGACAAUCAUAACCGAUUUUCUGGGAGAUCCAAUGAAUUCGUUCCCAGAGGAGGAGGCCGCAAUAACAACGGCCCUUGGUUUGGCGGGAAUCGCAAUUACGGACGUGGGAGGGGACGUGGACGCGGUAGAUGGGGUGGAAGACGACCMGAYCACCGAAGUGGCCGGGGGAGAAAUAACAGGAACAAUAACAGCAACAGUCGAAAGGGUCGAGGAGAUCUUCACUACCGACGGUCGGCAUUUGAUCCCAUCGAAGAGAUCGGAGACACGGUGUUCUGCUCCCCCUGUGGCGGAGGAGAUAGCAAUACCAAGCCRUCGUUAUCGUCGUCGUUGGUACGGAUCGCCGUCGAAGGGUGCUGCCACGGAGAGCUCGAUCUCAUCUAUGACCGCCUUUUAGAUCACCAGCGGACCUCRGGCCACGCCAUCGACCUGUUGGUCUGCUGUGGAGAUUUCCAGUCACUGCGGAGCCCCGCCGACUAUCACUCGUCGAGCAUCCCGCCCAAGUACCGGAGGCUGGGAACCUUUGCCAAGUAUUACUCCGGGGAGAAGGUUGCACCAAUUCUCACGGUGUUUAUCGGAGGAAACCACGAGGCCUCACAGCCCCUGCGGGAGCUGCACUACGGGGGAUUUGUGGCGCCAAAGAUUUACUACCUGGGUGCCGCGGGGGUGGUGAGGUACCGGGGCAUCCGAAUCGCGGGGAUUUCUGGAAUCUACAAGAGCCACGAUUACGUAUGUGGAUACCAUGAGGUUGCUCCCUAUAGCGACCGCCGAUCUGUCAAGAGUGUGUACCACGUCCGCAGGAUCGAUGUGGAGCGGAUGAAAUUGUUGAGUAGGGGCAACAAUGACGACAGCAGCAACAACAACAGCAAACAUACUAUUGAUGUCUUUGCCAGCCACGAUUGGCCCCUUGGCAUCGAGCAGCACGGCGACACACAGGGCCUUAUACGGAGGAAACCUUUUUUCCGGAGAGAAAUCGAACGGAAUGAGCUGGGAAGUCCACCCAACAGGGAGCUCCUGGAUGUUCUAAAGCCGACGCACUGGUUCGCCGCCCAUCUUCACGUCAAAUUCCAUGCCACCCUUGUCCAUCGAACCCAAGAACCAGCCACGCUAGCGAGAAAGAACGACCAGACUAAUCCCACACCGCAGACACAGGUAUCGACCACACCGCCAACUAGUAGCGUGUUAAUGCCAUCUCAGGUUAGAUCCAAACCAGUAAUAUCUGCACCGCCGCUACUGCUACCRCCGCCACCACCCGUCAACGUWGCAAAUAAAAUGGCCUCGAUACCAUUUGAUGAGAACAAUGCAAGUGAUACAGAUACAAGCACGAAUGUGAAAACUGACACAGAAGCAGAUGUAGAUGGAACUGCAGCAACUGCAUCGGUACCCUCGUCAACAACGGAAUUUCACGCUAUGGAAGGCUCAGAGGCGACCUGCAAAUUAGGCAAUGAUUCGAUCCCCGACCUGACUGAACAAAUGACAAGGUUCCUUGCCCUCGAUAAGUGCUUGCCACGCCGUCAAUUCUUGUCGGUUCUGAAUGUACGGCUUCYGGAUACAGAUGGUUCUGGAGAGGGGAACGAAUUGUCGUCGCAGCUUCCGGACGAAAGGUCCGGCACUACGAUAGACCAGCAUCCCAACAAUGCUGGAGAUGCUUCAUCGUCUGACAUCGAAGCAACGGCAACAAUGUGUGGAGCUCCGACACAGGUGCAACCACAAGAAGAGCCAUCAACAUCAGAGGAAUACCACUUGGAAUACGACCCCGAAUGGUUAGCAAUCUUGAAACAGACGCACCACUGGAAUACCACCGAGAGAGGGCCCGUUUCUGUCCCCUCUUUCAAUCAUUCAAAUGCACAKUACGAUGCUUCCUGGGUCAGAAACCGCUUCAAAAAAACSAAUUUYGAAAAUCAAAACAAACCGGCGAAGGAAGAUUUGCCAUCUUUGGCGUCGGCAACACCAAACGAAAAGAAGGCUCAGCAAGAUGAACGGGGAGCCGCUCGAGCUGUCGAUUCGAAAUCGAAUUCGGCAAGACAGAAAACGCCGUACUUAGAAAUCCCGAGAGACUUUGUUCCGACGGUCCCGUAUUACACCRAUGAGGCCUUUCGGGGCGGAAAAAGCGGUAGUACCACCGACCCGCCGUCGCUGCCGGCUAUGGGCAAUCCACAAACCGACCAUCUAUUGCGCGUUUUGGAACUGSAGCACAUCCUUACGAGACCCUACGACCCUGCACUAACGCCUGACGUUAUUUCAGCUCAAUGGCGUGACCGAACAAGCAAGAGACGAACCAUCGGUGGUAGCAUCUAUGCCUACAACAAUGCCAGCACCUCCAUCCGAGGCAGAAGCAGUGUUCACAAUAAUGGUAACCCAAGCAAUAGAACAAUAAUAUUGGAUGACGAAAACGAGAUCGAUAUUGAUGACGACGAGGAUACGGCUAAAGAAGAAAUAGACGACAACGAGAUUCAACUCGAAGAUAGUGAUGAUCACGACGACGACGGUGCUGACAGCAAUUGGGACAGAGAUAACAAUGGAAAAGGAAGUUCCAAAGAAGCAGAAAAGGAUGAAGGUGAUGAGAACGAGAUCGAUCUCGACAGCUCUGAAGGCGACAAUGCGGAUUCUGACAACAACGGAGAUAGCAUCGAGACAAACACUGCUGUGUUUAAGAAAGCGCGACUCGAAAAUUGAUGGAUCUUUUGUUGCUAAGUUUACUAACUAUACAUAAAUAGCAUUCCAUCAA